CUAUACAAUUAGCAACACAAAAAAUCUUCAAUCUUAGUGGAUUAUACCCUUUUAAAAAAAUCUUUGCCCAUUAUCACACGUUGUCAUUAUUUUCAUAUUAUAAAUAGUGUGACAAUCUAAGCAUAAUCAACUCAAACAAAACACAAAUCCAUUCAAAGAAAAUGAGUGAGAAAACCAUCAAUGGAAUUGAACAUGUUGCAAAACCACAUGUUGUGGUGAUACCAUACCCAAGUCAAGGUCAUAUAAACCCGCUUCUUCAAUUUGCUAAACGUUUAGCUUCAAAAGGUAUUAAAGCUACAUUAGCCACUACAAAAUAUACUCUCUCCUCGUUCUCUACCCUCCAAAACGUCAACAUCGAGCCCAUAUCUGAUGGUUUCGACGAUGAUGGGUCCCCUCAAGCAGGCUCAGAAGAACUAUUUCUAAAAUUGUUCAAGUUAAACGGGUCCAAUUCGCUAGCCAAAAUUAUCGAAACUCAUCAAAAGUCACCGUAUCCUGUUAGUUGUGUGGUGUACGAUGCGUUUUUGCCAUGGGCUUUAGAUGUGGCUAAGGAAUAUGGUUUAGUUGGUGCAGCUUUUUUCACAAACUCGGCUGCAGUUUGCUCUAUUUUCAGUUGUGUGAGCCAUGGCUUGAUUGAGUUGCCUCUUAAGCCAGAUGAUGUUAGGGAUAAUUUGCCUAAAAUGCCCUUGUUUAAGGAUAAUGAUAUGCCUACUUUUCUUAGGAAACCUCAAAGUUAUCCAGCUUACUUGUCCAUGAAAUUGAGUCAGUUCUCUAAUUUGCAUUUCGCUAAUUGGAUUUUUUGCAACUCUUUUGAGGAUUUGGAAUUAGAGGUAUGUACUAUCCUUGUUUAUAUUGGCAUCCUUAAUUUUGCACAAAUUUCACAAUCACAACAUAGUAUUAACUCAUGAUAUUAAUCGACUCCCAUAUAUAUUUUCACUUUGGCAGGUUAGGAGAGCAAUUUUAUGCGGUCUUCCACUUGUUAGUAAUAAAAAAAGAUUGUUUUAAAUGACUUGUGCUAGGAAAUAUCAUUUACAACACAAUAUGAUAGAAAGAGCACGUGAUCUUUUUAUUGGUUCAUGUGCACAACCAAUGAAACUGAUUUAUUGAUUUAAUCUUUUGGGAUUAAGGCUUUAGCAUUGAUACUUUUGUUGGUUUAAUGGGUCAUUAUAAUAUCGUUAAUUCCACCAUUAAAAUAUUAAAAAUUGUGAUAGUGUUAGUUAAUGAAAUGGUUGGUCGAACCAAUAUUUCAAUUUUUUAUAAGAUCAAUGUUAAUAGUGAUCAAGAUCACUAAAAGGCAUAAUAACCUUGUGAUAAAAAAGCAUAAAUCAUCGAGUGUAGAAAAAAUUCACAAGUUAUGCUCUAAGAAAUAUGUAUAUUUUUCAGAAUAAAUUGGUGUAUACAACACAAAAUAUCUAUAAUGCACGUCCAUAAUUAUAAAUAUCAUUUAUAUUUUUGUUAGAGAAUGAUUUUUCAUGAAAAAUUGAUUUCCAAAAAAA